AUGAUCGGUCCUCAAACCACUGUCCGGUACCACCAAAUUGAUGCUCCGCCUAGCACCAAACCUACUCUGAAAGUCUCCGAUCUCAGUGGUACUCCUACAUCAUAUAGGGAUCCGAAAACUAGUCUACGGUUUGCAACUAUUGAAGAGUUCCAAAAGAUUAGAAUAUUUCCUCAUCACAUUAUUAACGGUUACCUUGCUUUACGUGGCUCUAAUAUAGAUUCUUUUCUCGUAUAG